AUGGAUUACGAAGAAAUAAUAUGUGUGCAUUUAAACUUAAAAUUUAUAAUUUUGAAGAAUAUAGAAAAGGAUGAUAAUUGUUUAUGUGAUGAUUUUGCUAUAAAUUUACCAGAUGUGAAUGAUAUUGAUUCAUCUAAUAGUUCUAAAGGAUAUUUCAUAAAAAAAUUUCAUGGGCUUUUAAAAAAACGAAAGAAAAAUGAAUAUGAAUGUGUUAUAAGCGGUACUUUAAAUGAGAUAGCUAAUUUUUUGUAUGAGCAUAUUGAAUUAUUUAUUGAAAUAAAAAAAGAAGAAAAAAGGAGCAAAGAAAAUGUGGACGAUUAUGUAGAUAAUGUUAAAGUUAUAGAAAGGAAUGGAAAGCAAAAUAAGGAUGAGAAUAAAAGAAGAGAUUAUCAUCAUAUUGAUGAUGAUAAGAUAAAUUAUAAUAACUGUCAUAUUGAUAAUAAUGAUAAUUAUUGUAAUGAUAAUUAUACUUCUGAAGAAGUUUUAAAAAGGAAAAAUAAAAAUAUAUUUUCAUAUGAAGAAAAAAAGUUGGAUAAGAAUAAAAUUCAUUUAUUAAAAAGUGUAGAUAUGCAUGAUAAUUUAAAUUUUGAAAAUGAAAGUAUUUAUUUCAAAUGUUUAUUUAGUGAUUUAAUAAAUGAUUUCGAAUAUAUACAAAACAAAAAAUAUGAAAACAUAAGUAAUUUUUAUAUAAGUUCUGAUUUGAUAUUUUCUAUAUGUUUGAAAUUAGAAGAGCAUUUAAUUGAAAAAGAGGAUUUACAAAAAAUUUAUUUAAAGAAUGAUAAUAAUAUUCAUAUGAAAUUAGAAAAGUAUGAUAAUAAAUAUAAACAUGUGUUAAAUUUAUUUCAUAUGAAUAGUAUAUUUUAUUUAUAUGUUAAUUUCAAUCAAUAUAAUAAACAGUUUUUUCUAGAUAACGAUAUAGAAGUAGCUAUAGGAGAAACAAUACAAAAUGUAAGUGAAAAGGUAAGACUUUCCGACGAUAAUUCAAGGGGGGGAGAUAUCCAAAUAGGUUUAAGAGAACAGCAUGUGAUAAAUAAUAUGAAAGAAAAAAGAGAAAAUUUAUAUAGAGAAAAUAAAGAGGAAAAAUAUGAUAACAUAAGUGAUCAUAAUAAUAAUAAUAAUAUGGAUAAUAUUAAUAAUAUGCGUGAUAUUAAGAAUGAUAAAUUAAACCAUGGUAUUCAUCAUUUCAAUACCGGAUGUCAUUUUAGUUUAAUAUUAGUCGAUAAUAUAAAAGAGCUAGCUGAUUAUUUUUAUAUUAAUAACUUUUGCUUACAUUUUAAUGGCAUAAAAUUAUAUGUUGAUAAAAAAGGUAUUUUCACCUUUGAUCAUAUAAAAAACAAAACUGAAGUUAAAGAUCAAUGGGUGUUUUAUAAAGACUCGAAAAAAAUAACAUAUAAUUUAAAUACAUUAAAUUCAAUUAAUAAUAAUGAUAAACCCAUAAAUAUUAGAGCAAGUAUCAUUUCAAUAUUUUUAAAUACAAAUAUAAAUAACGGUAUGGAUUCUUUUGGUUAUAGCUCAAGUAGUAUAGUUCAUCAUCCUUAUAAUAUAGAUGAAUCAUAUAAUAACAAUGAGAGUUUAUAUAAAGAUAUAAUGAAUGAUGGUAUAUCUCCUAUUGUUGUAAAUAAUGAUAUGACAACAUCUAAUAUGAAUAAUGCUAUAUAUAAUAUGAUACCUAAUGUUAUGCCUAAUACUAUAUGUAACAUGAUGUGUAAUUUUUUUGUAUCAGUAAAUAAUUGUCAUAUAUUAGAGCUUAGUAAUAUAUAUGCAGAGAAAAGAAAAAAGAAUGAAAAUGAAUUUUAUUUAAAAAUGGAGUCUGAUUUGUUUGAUGAGAAGUUUAAAUCGGAGUUGUAUUUAUUUCGAGAAAACGCAAAGAUUGAACUUAAAGAUUGCUAUGUAAACCACAAUUUUGAAGUAAAGGACGAAGAAGAGUUGUAUCAUAAUUUGGAUGGAAGAAAACUUUUCUUUGAACUUUAUAUGAAAGAAAAGGAGAGUGAAAUAAACAUAGGAAUUGGAGAAUUUCAUAUAAACAAUAUUAUAAGUGAAUUAAAUGAAAUAAUGAUUAAAAAGAAGUGUCCACAUUAUUAUAAAUUUAAUUAUAGAGUAUGUUUAUAUUUGAAUGUUUUUAAAGAGAAAUAUUUAACAUCCGAAUUGAAUGUUGAAAUAUAUGUUAGUUUAAAGGAGGACAUAUUAUUAAAUAGUUGUAUGAGAGGUAUAAAUAAAAAUAAGGAUACAAACAAAAACACAAAAUAUAAUAAUAAUAAAAAUGAUGGUGAUGAUAAUAUUUAUAGUAAUCAUCAUGUUGUAGAUAUAAACAGUAAUAAUAAUAAUUAUAAUAAUUAUAAUAAUAACAAUUUAAAUAAUAUACAAAAUAAUUACAAUGAUAAUUUUAAAAACCUUUCAAGUCAUACAACAAAUACAACACAUUUCAAUACAAAGAAUAUACCUAAAAACAUAUACGAAUUUAAAAUAUGGAAAGAAAAAGAAGAAGAUAUGAUGAGAAAUAUUUUAAAGAAAAAAGAAGAACAACUAAUUAGAAAGUUUAGUAAGAAGUAUGAAAUAAUGGAAAAGGAAAGAAAAAGCGAAUUUGAAAAAAAGAAAAAUGAAUUAAAAGAAAUUAUUAUAAAAAUGAAAGAAGAACAAAUAAAUAUUAUUAAUAAUAAAAAUAUGCUAAAAUUAAAAGACAAAGAAUUAAAUGAAGAAAUAUAUUCAUUAGAAAAAAAACUAAAAAAAAUUAAAUAUGUAUAUGAAAAAUCUUUAUAUACAUUUAAGGAGAAAUUAAAAAAAAAUGAAUUAAAUGAAAGUGUAAUAAAAGAAAAUGAUGAAUUAAGAAAUAACUAUAAAAAAGUAAUAAAAGAAAAUAGAUUUUUAUUAAAAGAAAAAGAUCAUAUGAAAAAUAUGUUAAAUAAAUAUAAUCAUAAAGAUAAUGUUAUAAUAAGUAAAACAUAUUUUCAACAAAUUAAUCAAGAAUUAAAAUAUUUCAAAGAAAAUAAUACAAAUAAUCUUUUAUUAUUAAAUAACAAAAAAUAUAAUGAAAAUAUACAAUCAUAUAUUAAAAUGAUACAUAAAAAUAGAAAAAAAAGUUUACAACAUAUAUCCAAUUUUAUAAUACAACUAGAAAAUAUAUAUGAUUUAAUAAAUAAUGAAAUAGUAGAACAACAAUUUCAUAAUAUAUUAAAAAGUAUUAAUGAUAUUAAAUAUAUAUUAAAUGAUGAAAUCAAACAAGAAAAAAAUAUAAUGGAUAUAUUGUCAUUAUCACAAUCGCCUAAACUUAUGAAAACAAAAAAUAACGAUCAUUAUAUAUCAAACAGUUAUAUGUUAAAGGAAAAACAAAAUGAAAAGGUUCUUCAAAGCGAUACAUUGUUUGAAGAACAUAUAUAUAAAUACAAUCAUCCUCAACACAAGGAAAAAAAAAACCAAAAAGAAGAAGAAAAAGAACAACAACAAGAACACAAUAAUAACAAUAAUAAUAAUAAUACAUUUAAAGAUAAUCCAUUGAGUAAUAAAAAAGAGAUUCUCCUUCCAUGUGUAGACAAAAAAAAAAAAUUAAAUAAUAUAUAUACAUCCAAGGAUGAGAAAAAAAUAAAAAAUACAAAAUUAUUUAUGGUAAAGGAUAAAUCUAAUGUUGUAACAAAAAAAAUACACGACAAAAAAAAUAAUAAAGUUAUUGAAAAUUUAAAGAGUGAAAUUAGUAGACUAAUACAAACGGGUAUAUAUAAUGAAGACGACGAAAUAAUUAUAAGUAUGAAAAAAAAGUUAAACGCAUUAGUAAAUUAA